AAACUUUUGUAUUACAAAGGGGAUGACUGAGAAACUCUUGUCGUUUUCUUGCAGAGAUGAUAAGAGGCUGCUGCCUUCUGCUGCUUCUCAGCAACUUAUGCCGAACAGCCGGGAGUGAGGUGGUGCUGGAACAAGGUGCCCAGGCCUUGGCAGUCCGGGAGGGCGAAGAAGUGACCUUCCAGUGCCGUGUGACGGGAGGGGAGAUGAGCAGCUACUGGAUGUACUGGUACAGAAAGGGGCAGCGGGGCCCCCUGACCUGGAUUUACCGAGAAGGGGACCACUAUGGAGAAGGCUUCCAGGGCCGCUUCGUAGGGAAAGUUGAUAGCUCCAACGACAGGUUCACCCUCAGGAUCCUGAGCGCAGAGCUGCGAGACAGGGCGGUGUAUUACUGCGCUUCCAGUCCCCACGACUGGACAACGCAGCAGACGCCCCAUUCUGUGUGUGACAGCGGUGGAGACGAGAUGUGGAUCGCCGUCUGCCUCUUUCUCGUCUGUCCCGUGGCUGGGAACUCUGUGACCCAGAUUCGAGUGUCUGCGUCAGCCAGGGAAGGGCGGCCAGUGAAACUGAAUUGUCAGUACAGCACCACGUACACGUACUACGCCCUGGGAUGGUACCAGCAGCUGCCUGGGCAGCAGCCUCUGUUCCUACUGUACAGAAAUGAGAGGGGAAAUGAAUACAAGCCCAGUUCUGUGCCCCCUCGGUUUUCCUCCGAGCUCAGCACCGAUGUCAAAUCGUUCACACUGUCCAUAGAGGGGGCGCAGCGGGCUGACUCGGCGGUGUAUUUCUGUGCUCUCUGGGAUCCACCGUGA